GUCUCCACCUUCCACCCUACAUUCACAUACCCCGUAUUCGGCGAUGCUGAGACUAUUUAUGGAUACAAGGGUUUGCGUGUUGAUGUUCGUUUCGCAAGCACCGACUUGAAACCAUACCUCAAGAUUCAAUACAUAGCGCAAAUUGAUGCCUCGUUGGGUGUUGAGGUCGAUGACAUCGAAGAAAAACUCUACGAAGUGAUGCCUGAGGGCGAUCAGUUCUUCCACGACGAGGAAGACUUCGCUAAGCACGUAGCCGAAUCCGCCAAAUCGUUCCGUCCUGCCGGUCAACUUCUCGCUACCUACCAAACACAAGGUAAGGAAUACCAGAUAUACUAUGCAACGUCGGAGGAUGAGACUUUUAGAUCUCACCUCGCAAGGAUGGAGAUGUUCGUGCCGUACUAUAUCGAAGGCGGCAUCAUCGUUGAUCUGGACGACAUCCGAUGGAAAGCAUACGUCCUCUACGAGCGUUCCACGGAAGGCACCUUCCACUUUGUCGGGUUCUGUACGUGCUAUCCAUACUACUUCUACGACAAUUCAAUCGCAGACAACAUCCGUAUGCGAAUCUCUCAAUUCCUUGUCCUUCCUCCCUUCCAGAAACGCGGACAUGGCGCACAUCUUUACGACACCGUCCGCGAUCACCUCCUCAAUGAUCCCCUCGUUCGCGAAGUCACCGUCGAGGAUCCCUCUGAAGCUUUCGAUGAGUUGAGAGAUAGCAGAGAUAUGGCGCGGUUUGACAGGUUGAAGGUAUUCGAGGGUCCGGAAUGGAAGGCGCCGGUGGAUAGGAAGUUGAUCGAAGAAACGAGAGAGGCGCACAAACUUGCACCAAGGCAGUUUCUGAGGUGCAUGGAAAUGAGCCUCUACAGGAAACUGAACCAGAAGGACAAAGCUGCUGUGAAGGCUUUCCGCUUACAAGUGAAGGCGAGGAUCUUCAGACAGAACAAGGAUACCCUAUCACAGAUCGACCGCAUGGAUAGGCUGGACAAACUCGAGCAGACUUAUGCUAACGUAGUCGAGGACUACCAGCGCUUCCUCAAAGCCUCCCGAACGCACGUGCUGGAAGAGGACUCAGGAGCACCCAGCGCCAAGAAAGCAAGGGUAUGA